AUGAAUUUCUUCAAGUCCGUAUUCUCUGAUGAACCAGAUCCUCCAAAUCCGGAUUCCGAAUCUGAAUCUGAACCCGGGUCUCGUAAGAACCCAGAACAAGAAGACGCAGAUUCGAAAUCCCCACCAAGCCAACCCGAUCCAAACCCAAGUGGCAAUAGUGGUGGGUGGAUGUUUGGCGAUCUUAUCAAAACCCUAGCGACCAAAUCCGAGUCGGUGAUCGAGACCUACCGUCGCGACCUCCAGGAAUUCGGGUCGGGUCUGAAGAAAGAGAUCGAGGUGGCUCAGGGGUCGUUGGAGACAGUUGGGAGCGUCAUUGAUGAGUUUGGCAACACCGUCUUGAAAGGGACGGCCCAGAUCAUCUCUCAAGGUACGGACGCGAUCCUCGCCCCUGAUCACGAAUCAGAUUCCUCCGAUCCCAACAGUCAGAGCUUUAGCUCUCAGCAGGGCUUGAAUUCGAAACGGUACAGUAGGUUUGACGUUCAGGUCCGUGCGAUUCAAGGUGACGCCGGAACUUACUGUGAGGAACCUGAGGAUUUGGAUGAAUUUAACAAAUGGAAAUCAGGGUUUGUUUUGGAAGACAAAAGUGAAGAAAUUGAGGGGCUGUUUGAAGAAAAUGGAGCUAUGGAGAGCAUUUACAAAAGGGUCGUUCCAAGUAGUGUUGAUCAUGAAACGUUUUGGUGUAGGUACUUUUACAAGGUUUAUAAGCUCAGGCAAGCUGAGGAUGUUAGAGCCAAUCUUGUUAAGCGGGCAAUUUCGAUUGAAGAAGAUGAGGAAUUGAGUUGGGAUGUUGAUGAUGAAGAGUAUGAUGAAAGUGUGAGCAAUUUGGUGUCGAAAGCGAAUUCAGCGAAAAAUACUGAAGGGGCUGCUUCUGGUAAAGUUGAGAAAAUUGAGGACUUGAAGGUUGAUAGUGAGGUUGGUGAUAAGAGUUCCUCUAAUGUGGGAGAGGUGAGCAGUGUGGGUGAAGAGGCUAAUGUGGGGUCGAAGAAGGGUUAUUUAGCGGCAAAUAGGGAGUUGGUCAGCAAAGAUUCUGAGCAAAUGAAUGUCAAGGAAGAGAGCAGCUCUGUUGAGGAAUCUCAAGUUGCUGGGACUUCUUCCAGUGUUCUUGAUGAGAAGGGAGGGAUGAGCCCUGAAAUGGAUAAAGAGAAGAAGGAUAGUGCUGUGAAUUUGAGUGGUGAUAAGGAGACUGAAAAGAAAGUUAUUGUAGAAGGGGACUCUGGGAAGAAAGAUUUGCCAUCGAAGUCUGAGGAGAAAGUGGCUUUGGAGGGGAAGAAUGAGGCUCUUGAAUCUGGCGAUGAUUUGGUUGUUUCAAACCGGUCCUCAGCGCCCGAGGAAGAAGACCUUGGCUGGGAUGAGAUUGAGGAUCUUAGCAGCAUUGAUGAAAAGAAGGUGACCCAUGUUGGAAGUGGAAGUUCUACUAAAGCUGACCUGCGGAAGCGGCUCAGCACUGCUGAAGAAGAAGAAGAAGAAGACUUGAGCUGGGAUAUCGAGGAUGAAGAUGAUGAACCGGCUAAACCUUGA